AUGGGGAACGACAACAGUAACAAGAAAAACGACAAUGUCCAGCAACAAGAGAAAAUGCAGAAUUUGAGGAAUCAAGUGGAUUCUGUUAAAGCGUCAAUGGAGAACGACAACAGUAAAAAGAAAAACGACAAUGUCCAACAGCAAGAGAAAAUGCAGAAUUUGAGGAAUCAAGUGGAUUCUGUUAAAGAGGUGAUGGUGGACAAUGUGGAACGAAUUCUGGAACGAGGAGAGCGAUUAGACAAUAUCGAGAGAAGAACAGAGCAGUUGAAUGCAACGAGUGCCAAUUUCAAAUUCACCGCCCGUAAAGUGCAACGAAAGUUCUGUAUGUUGAAUGCGAAAUGGACAAUCAUUCUGGCAAUCGUCAUUCUUAUCGUAUUCACCGUACUCCUUCUUCUCAUUCUUCAUUGGACUGGAGUCAUUGGAAAGAGGAAUAAUGAUUGA